AGGGAUAUUUAAAUCCACUCUUUUCACCAGCAUGCGUUUCACUCAGUGUGCUUGGCUGUGCCCCAGUACACUACCUCACUGGAUAUCAUCACACUCAAGACAAAAUAAACCUCACCAUCCAACUACCUGUCACACCAGGCCAAGCCUAAUCUGACCCUGCCACUCAUCCCCUCGGUCUGGAAAAGAAGAAUAAAACAGCAAUAAGAAGAAGAAGAAGCAAAAGUAACUGAUUGCAGGACCCAGAGAAGCAGAGUCGUAGAAGAAGAAGUCUAAGUUUUGGUGCCUGAUUCUGGUGAAAAUGAUCCUGUGGGCAGCCUUGCUGAUGUCUCAUUGCUGUUUGGGUCUGAAUGGAGCUGCAGCAGAAAAAAACUCAGGACUAGAGAGGAUAGAGAAAUGUGGCACCAGGUGUUCUCAGGGCCUUCACUGCAAAACCAAGUCAAACAAUUGGUUUUCUCCUCUGUGUCAGGACCCCGCUGAAGGGCUCAACCCGUCCUCCGUGUUCCACAACAUCAGCCUCUCCACAGUCAUGAGUUGUGAGGGGAGGCAAAAGUGCUCCUUACACCUCAGAAUCAAAACCACAUUACAUCUUACUGAGUCCAUCCAUGGUGUGUCCAUCUGCACCGCCACCGCAGGGAUGAUGGAAAACUGCCAAAUGUUCACCUUCAAAAGAGCGUUGAGAGAAAGAAUGUCUGGAAUGCAGGUGGAAGUUGAGAAUGAUUGCACCGACAUUUCUCCGAGCCAACAUGUGCAAGUGACAGUGAAAACUGUGCCAAGCUACUGUGGUGUGACCUGGACAAGAACUUAUGAGGCUCCAGAAUGCAGCAAUGAAGAUUUGCGAAGUCAUGUCCCAGAAUGCAUCACUGGGAGGCUAUCAUAUGAUGUAAACCCAGAGAGGAAGGAGCUGAGUGUCAGUGUGUCAAACAUGCUGGAAGAUCACGACUACCUCCUCCGCCUGUGCCAUAAGGAUUUCAUCUGCAUUGGCACAGGGGCCAAUACACUGAUAAAGAAGGGGGAACCUGUGAAGAGUGCCACCCUCCCUUACUCCCGACCUUUGCCCUGCCUCUGCAUUGAGGGUUGGUCAACUGUGAUAGAUGCCCCCAGAGUCCAGGUCUGCCCCUUCAAAGACCGUCUCGAGGACCUUUGGUCUGGCAUUAACUUUGACCCACUGGAGGAGACGCUAUCAUGGGAGCCCACUUGUCCAGUGACUGCUGUGGUUGUGUUGUGUCAGAAACGAGAGGACGGCAUCUGUGUGGAUUUGCUUCAUGCCUCACAGAAUGUCAGCAGAGAAAAGAUAUCAUUUUCUAAAGUGGAUCCACACCCUCAGCUGUGCAUGAAGUUCACUGUAGGCUCUCAGUCCUGGACCAGGUGCCCCUUUGCUAAUGCCAGAUUCCAAGCGUGGGAGAUGAUUGUGACGAGACAACAAGGUCGGGAAGACAUCAAGAUGUAUUCACAGGUCACUGCAACGUUUUCUGUAGGGCUGUGUGCUAAGUCCGAAGGUUCUACUGUGUGCAACACACACACCAUGCAUGUGACAAAACACAAAACUGUUGGCUUAAACUUGGCAGGGGAACUAUGCAACUCUUGUCUCCAGGUGAAGAGGCUCGAUGUGAAGUUUUCUGCCACGGUCAUUCACUGUCUUGAGCAAUCCGAUCAAUCAUCGCUCUGCAGAGCUGUCAUCUCCAGUCGAGCCUCUUGGGACUUACCUUGGGUCAUUGUACCUGCUGGUGUUUGCCUCUGUGGCAUCAUCAUAAACACUCUGGUGCUCCACGUACUGUUAACCGUGUAUCAGAGGAGGAAACAAAAAAGAAAUGGAGGCUGUAUCUCUGAAAAGCAAACAGAUCCUGACUGUGUGGUCCCUGUAUUACAAACUCAACCUGUUCUCCACGGAGGGGUCCUCAUAUCUGAUUCACCACAGUGUGGGAACACCGAGAAGGCCAACCUAAUCUCUGACUGACCAAACAACGGUGCUCCGGUCAAAAGCAAUACAUGUAAUGUACAAUAUAAAACUGUAAAGUUGUUACACAAACCAAAUGAGUUCUCUGUUGAAUGCUGCGUACAAUGUUGGGACAGAUAUUUUAAAUGUUAUGUAUGUUACUGUAUAUUUGGUGGUUAGUAUGCUUGUUAUAGUUAUUGGCUGCUUUUUUAUGUGUUCUGUUUGUGUUGGAAGUUAAUGUGUAUGUUGUCUUUUUUUUAACUUAAAAUGUUCAUUUAGCUUGCAGCUAAACGGUCAGUUCCGGGUCCUAAUUUAAAUUUAUAUUUUCAAUAAAAAUGCAAAACAUGAAAGCAAACCUGCUGCUUUCUUUGCAUUUUUUUCCAUAUUUUUUCCAUUUUUAAAAGAAUUAUGUUUUUUCAUAAUGAACAUUUGCCCAUACAUUUAAAUCUUAGAUAAUUGUAUUAGGAGCAAACAACAGUCACAGCCAUAAAUGUGGCACAUCACUCAUCACAGCGUUAAAUAAUAUGACAAUUGGAAAUGAUACAGCAAACAGGAAUCACCACAUCUGACCCUUAACCCUAAGAGCACAAACCAAAUUGGUAUUUAUUGUGUUAUACUGCAAGGUGUUUGUUUGAUUUUCUUCCACACCCUAUUCCAAUAGGCAACAGGUUUCCAAGAAACAGGUUUUUUCUCCCACUUUGUUUUUGCACACUUGUUCCAACAAGCCAGUACUGCUGUUUUCUAUUUCCUUUUAAGUACUCCACUUCCUUAAUACUUUUGCAUAUGUUUCUUAAAUUCACAUAAUUCUGCUGUAUAUAAGUCCCCAUGAACCAUUAUAACCAGAAAGAAAAAUGAAAAAAAAAAAAAACAUUUUGUAUUUAUUUAUUUAUUUAUGGAAGCUCAUAACACAUGUCAAUGACGAUAAGCACAUUAUAUCGAAUGAAACUGUACUUACACAUGUUAUUAAA